GGACACUCUAAGAAAUUGAUAAAAAUAUGCAGAAGGCUAAGUCUAACAGCUUUAACCACUUACCCUUGAUUGAAAUUCAACAAUUGAGGUAUUUCUUCACCUUCAGCUCUACAGGUCACCGAGAAAACUAUAAUCCUUGCCCAAGCGUACUUACCAAACUGGUUAUACAGUGUAAUUGCCAGAUGAACUAGCAUCAUAACGUAUGGAAUAAACAUGCUGCCACUGUACUGGAAGGUGACUCUGAAAAUAUAGACAUAUCACAUGACAUAAUGGAGGAAGACCCCCAACAGCAUUGCCACUUUGCCUAAA